AUGGCGCCGACUGACAUAAUUGAGGCUAGCACUGACAAUAUAUACCGGCAUGGUGUAGAAAGCCCCCCGGGUGAGGCUGGAAACGGCGAGCAGGACGAGAAACCAUUCCCCUUCCUCAGCUUUCCCGGCGAGAUCCGGGACUCGAUAUACCAUCAGCUUCUAAGCUUGCAUCAUUCUGAACGCGAGGACAACCGCCUUUAUGAGCAGCCAGCCAUCACGCGAGUGAACAGGCGGCUCCGCGCCGAAGCGCUUCCCCUCUACUAUGCGAGCUCAAUCGUCCUACGUGUCAAAGCGGAGUCGCCAGAGGACUGGACCCCAUUCAUUCAACGCGUCGUAGAUGUUUUCACCGGUGGUCCUGUUGGAUCGCCGGGCUCCAGCACAAUGCGGCUCCUCGGUGGUAUUCAUCUCGACUUCUUCUUGAGACAGGAUGGGUACCAUAUUGAAGCCGACCUGGUGGCUGACCCUGACGUCCUGAAGGCCCCAGCUACAGGCCGUCCUCUCGGGCCAAGGGAGAAGAUUGGCAGCGCUGCCAUGAACUGGGCAGAUGCCACCGCCCUUCGGGCUGCGUGCGACGAGGCGGUAGUCCGGCUGGAGGACGACCUGAUGGAAACGCUCAUGGGGAAGCGGUUCCGCGGACAGUCCUUUAAACCCUUGAAUAUAUUUAACCAGAGGGCUGCGCUGGAUGCCCUGUGUGCUUUUGCAUCGGCGUGUCCUCAUCUGACACAUGCACUAGUCCGCGUCAACGUCGAUAGAGAAGACUCGGAAGAGGAAGAGGAAGAGGAAGAGCUGCAUCGAAGCAAUUGCAGAUGUCCUUUCCGAUGA